GAUUUAAUUUGAAAAAUAAGACUGGAUCAUUUCCGGUCGUCUCGUGCGCUUUGACGCAAAUCUGGCGCUGUAAUAACCGGAUAACGGGAACCGAGAAGGAGGACGGCAGCAAAACGGAUCAGUCGGACGGUCGUGUGUGUUUCUCCUGUUGUGUAACGCAGGCCUCGAGUUUCCCCUCCAGGCGGAGCGGCUCCUUCUCUCCUCUUUGUCUGCUUUCUGCUCCUCGGAGGUGGGACCGGAGCGCGGCUCGGCGGCGGAGGACCUGCACAUGUCGGCUCCGUUUGUUUCUCCGCCCUGAUAUCGGCUGGAGGACGGCAGCGGGAGGAGGAGCAGGUGGAGAACAAUCACCGAGCCGCAGGGAGUCAAAUAGAAAUAUAUAAAUGUGUUAAUAGGAGAAGCGGCUGAGACAAUCAGGAGAGGAUGCGAUAAAACGAGAGAGAAGGACAACAGUGAUGCGGCAGCCGAGGUGGGCCCAGAUUGAUGAUUUUAUGAUAUCAUCAUCCACCGCCAGGACCGGAUCCGAUUAAUAAGGAGGAUAAACCGCAAACUGAUCUGGAAUCUGUGUUUGUUUCUCUCUCUGGGAUAACCAGGAGGCGCUCUGCGGGUUUUCUACAUCAGGCUGUUAUUAUCCUGAAUGAACAUCCACGUUUAGGCCGAUGACCGAGUCUGGAGCCUGUGUGACGCCAGUACAGCAGCAGAGGUGUGUGUCUGAGCAUCACUGGGAAGGAGCCGCCAGCCCAUUUCCGUCUGUGCGUAAAACAAACCAGGAGAUUCAGGCGAUGCGGCCAUCAGUCCGGCUCUCAUAGAGGCGCAAAUCAGGACUGGACCUCCAGAGAUAUUCCUCCCCCCUCCUGCGCAUUUCCAUCCUAAUCAACUGAUUAUCCAUCUGUGAUUCAUAAAGCCACCCACUCCAUCCAUCCAUCCAUCCAUCCACCCAUCCAUCCUCCGUUACGCGCUCCACAUCUGCAGCCGUCAUGGAGACCACCAAGCUGCCCCCGUCCAGCCCCUCCUCGCCGACCACCAGCUUCUCGGUGCCGUCCGCGGAGAAGGUGGACGGCUUUCCGCGCAGGUCGAUGCGCAGAGCGCGGCAGAGGAGGUCCCACAGCUCGUCCCAGUUCCGCUACCAGAGCUCCCAGGUGGAGCUCACCCCGCUGCCCCUGCUCAAAGACGCCCCGGUGGCAGAGCUACACGACCUGUUCUGCAAGAAGCUGCAGCAGUGCUGCGUGCUGUUCGACUUCCUGGACUGCGUGGCCGACCUGAAGGGAAAGGAGAUCAAACGUGCGGCGCUUAACGAGCUGGUGGAGAGCGUGGCCACUAGUAGAGGAGUCCUCAUCGAGCCUCUCUACCCAGAGGCCAUAAAGAUGAUCUCGGUAAACAUCUUCCGCACGCUUCCUCCCAGCGAGAAUCCAGAGUUUGACCCUGAGGAAGAUGAGCCGACUCUCGAAGCCUCAUGGCCACAUCUGCAGCUGGUGUACGAGUUUUUCCUGAGAUUCCUGGAGAGUCCGGACUUCCAGCCAUCCAUGGCUAAACGCUACAUCGACCAGAAGUUUGUCCUGCAGCUCCUGGAGCUGUUCGACAGCGAGGACCCCAGGGAGAGAGAGUACCUGAAGACCAUCCUGCACCGCGUCUAUGGAAAAUUACUGGGCCUCCGAGCGUACAUCCGCAAACAGAUCAACAACAUCUUCCUCAGGUUCAUUUAUGAAACUGAGCACUUCAACGGAGUAGCGGAGCUGCUGGAAAUCCUGGGCAGCAUCAUUAAUGGCUUCGCGCUGCCGCUGAAAGCUGAACACAAGCAGUUCCUGGUGCGGGUCCUCAUCCCGCUGCAUACAGCAAAAUCCCUCUCCAUCUUCCAUGCACAGCUAGCGUACUGUGUGGUGCAGUUCAUGGAGAAAGACGCUACAGUGACCGAAUACAUCAUCAGGGGGUUGCUCAAGUACUGGCCCAAAACCUGCACUCAGAAAGAGGUGAUGUUCCUGGGGGAGAUUGAGGAGAUACUGGACGUGAUAGAGCCGUCGCAGUUCAUCCGGAUCCAGGAGCCUCUCUUUAGGCAGAUAGCAGCCUGUAUCUCCAGCCCUCACUUUCAGGUAGCGGAGCGCGCUCUUUACUUCUGGAACAACGAGUACAUCCUCAGCCUGAUAGAGGAGAACUGUCAAGUCAUCCUGCCGCUGGUGUUCGCCACGCUCUACAGAGUCUCCAAGGAGCACUGGAACCAAACCAUCGUGUCUCUGAUCUACAACGUGCUGAAGACCUUCAUGGAGAUGAACAGCAAACUGUUUGAUGACCUCACUGCCUCCUACAAAGUGGAGAAACAGAAGGAGAUGAAGCGGGAGCGGGAGCGUGCCGACCUCUGGCGAGGCCUGGAGGAGUACCAGGAGCGGCGCAUGCAGAUGCUAACGGAGGCCGCCAGGAACCAGCGCAACCUCCAGGAGCGGGGCGAGAGAGGAGACCCGCUGAGCCCCUCGUCUCCGCAGAUGGCCCAGUCCGACCCGCCCGAGCCCAAACCCAGCGGCGCCUCCACCGGAGCCGGGGAGAGCGCCACCUAGGCGCCGCUGCACACAGGAGGGGGAAUACUGGGGAAAGGGUGGUGGGACUUGAGGUUGGUGGUGAAAGUGUUGGGAGACAGAAAAGGUAUAAAAUCCGUUGUUUUUAUUUAUCUUGUAUCAUGGAGGUGGCAGCUUCUUGUACAAAGGUGCGAUCUCUGUGAUGCAAAAGCUGUACCUUCUUUCCGACAGCGUUGUGUGAAACUGGUUCACUUUUAGCUGUACAUGUUGCAGAUCAUAACUCCAAACAGGUGCAGACUGUCGCGUUAUUUAAUAUCCUGUUUAGUAAACUGCAAAACUAGAGACAAAAAGAAAGCGUCUCUUUUGGUGUCCAACUCGUCUCGACAUUCGACCAACAGAGUCCGUAUUGUGGCCUCAUCUUUAUCUGUUUGGCCGAAAGAUGCUAACUCCUCGUGUGCAUAGCACAAACACAGGCGAAGCAAUUUCACACAAAUGUCCCAAAGCGAUCGCUGCACACAAGCAACCCACAAGCAUGUAGGUAUUUGCUGUAAAUAUCAGAGGAAGGAGCUGUGGAGACGAAUCUCACACAAACAAAACACCUGCACACACACAGAUUUACUCAGACACAAACAGCCAGGUGUGGCGCUGACUCCUCCCACUCUUCUGGGCGCCACCGACGGAGCACCUUAAUGACGAAGGUGAUGACUCUGGUAUCAAGUACAAUAUUGUUCCUUCUUCUUACUUGUUACUCUACUACUACUACUUUACUCUAACUACUACUGAUGAUGAUGUUUUUAUAUAUAUAUAAAUAUAUAUAGAUAUACAUACGUCUGGAUAUUUCUGUAGUGUAUUAUGGGAGAAACACUAGUGUAGCAGAAACCAUAAAAAGGGGAAGGCCGACUGGAAAUCUUAAUUUUUACGCAGUGUGAGGCCGUAAUGUGAGUGCUGAAAUUCAGCAGAAUACCCCUUUAACAGACCUUAACGAGGGGGAAUGAACUGGACGGGCAGCAGCUGUUUUUCUUUUACUUUGAAAUGUUUGACAUUGGUGACGUGCUGCAACCAUCAUAGACCACAUUUGGAUUUUACUACAAACACAUAUGUAUGGGAAAAACUAAGCACAUUCUUUCUCUUUUUCUAUAAUUGAAGAGAAAAAAGUAACAGCAAAAUAAUGUGAAUAAAAUACACUUACAGAAUUAAUCAGUAGGAAGUGUGGCCAUUUCUAUAAAGCAGGAGUUUUAUCAGGUUUUUAGGUCUGGAGCAAGAUGGUGGGUGUUAAUUAACACAACGCCAAAUCGGAAAGAGAUCAGCAGUGACCUUAGAGAAGCAAACGUGUUGCACUGCCUUCCCUACGGAAGCACUUAACUGCCAGAUCUUGGUAAGAAAAUUAGGAGCGAUAUCUAGUCAAAACGAGAAGUUUUAUUUCUUGUUAUAAGGAGAUGCAAAAUGUGUUAAUACGAGACAAUUUCUUGUUAAAACAAGAAAGCUUAGUCAUCAUAACAAGAUGCAAAGCUUGUUAAAACAAGAAAUGUUUGUUGAUAAGACGCAAAAAUGUUACACUGAGAAAGUUACUCGCUAUAUAAUAAGAUGAGUUUUAUAUCUCGGUAAAAGGAAAUGUAAAACUUGUUAAAAGAAGAAAGUUUCUCAUGUAAAAAUGCUUUUCUGACAGAUUACGUCUCGUUAAAAAGGCGUAAAGUGGCUCACUACAACUCUCCUUACCCCUUUUCCACUGGAUGACUUCUAAAAAUCUCAGGAUAUGUUGCUAUUUACUGUCACAACCCUUCUUACUUAAAUGAGAAGAUAUUUUGGUUUUAACAAGAUCUGAAUCUUGUUAUAACAAAAACGUUUUCUUGAUUUAACAAGAUGCUGCUCCUGAAUUUAUUUCCAAGUUCUGGCAGUUAAAAAAUUCCGUACUCCUCAACAAAACAAAAGUUAAACAAAAUGUGUAUGGAAAGAAUGACGAGCGCAUAAUUUAGGCUUCGAUGGCGUUUUAUCGGUUUGCUCAUCUACGUGUGCACGUGUUUAACAUCAUGCCAAGUCCGUAAGACAUCAGAAAUGCCAAAGACACUUGAAUGAAUUCUAAGUGUCAUAAUUUAGUUUGUAGAUUAUAAUUCAGUGGAAUUGUAUUGGACUCAGGGUACUAUAAGAUAUUUACGCUGUCGAUGCAACCUCUGAAAAACCUAUCAAAUGUGAUUAAAUAGUUUUUAUCUUCUUAUUCCUUUUACGCCAUAUAUUAUUUUUUAUGAUUACAGUGAAAUACAAAAAGACAAAAAAAAGAGAUAAAAAUUCCCUCCCAGCUGGUAGUAUUUCUUUUAGCACAUGUGCAAAACAUACGAAUCACGCUACAUGCAUGUUAGCUAGGUGCCAUCUUCUUCACCCCAUCCUGGAUGAAAUGCAGCCGUCUCUCUACUGCCACCAGCUGGUAAAGUGGUGGAAAUGCAGCUACAGCCCAACUUGCUAAUAAAACAGUUUGCUGCUCUGCUCUAAUUAGGAUGAACCCCUGAUGGGAACAAUAGUUGAUUUAACGCAGUAGUUUGGUUAAGCAGGUGUAAAACAAAUGAAGCACACUACAGCGGUUUCAAACUAAAAGGAAAAAAAAGCGCUGCAGUCCGGUUGGAUUUCCGAACCCGGAGCGUCUGUAAGUCCGGCCGACCUGAAGCUGCUAGAAGGUGACCGUGGAGAUGAAAACUUUUUUCAUUGUGAAUCAACAGAAUCAUUGUUCAUUCUUGUCUGAUCAUUAAAAUAGAGUAGUGGGAUGAAGAGAGGGGAGAAAAACAGAAAAAAGUUAUUUUAGCAAUAUUUUCAUUCUUUCAGGAUAAUCUGUGUGUUUGUAGGGAGUCAGACAGGAUAAAAGAAACUCUUGUUUUAUCUCCUGCUGCGUCCGUGAUAUUCACAUUGUCUUAAGGUACAUUAUUUGUAAAUUUGACGAGAAAUGAUUUUGCUUUGUAAUUAUGUUGUUUAUUUUAUUGUCUUUUUGUAUGACUUUGUUCAUUUUGUGGGGGGAAAAAAUCAAUUCUGAUGCUAUUUAUUUUCUAUUUGAUCAGGAAAUGUAACCUUAUUUGGAGGUGAUGUUCAGGUUGUGGAUGCGUGUGUGUGUGUGUGUGUGAGUGAGUGUGUGUUUUCAGUGAGAGAAUCGGUGAGCAGAAGACGAGCUUAGAAAGAGUGACAGAGAUUGAGAGGAAGAAUCAGUUUUCUCUUUGUUUCGUUUUCUCUCUCCUCUCCUUUUUUAAGGGAUAUGGGGUUUGAUUCUCGAAUGUACCGCAUGAUGUAAGUGAUUGUUUCUUUUUUUAAAUGCUAAAAACGCAGAGCUGCCUGUCAGCUGCUUUGUGGCAAACCUUCAGAAACUCUUACAAACACACACCAGAUCAAGCCUGAAUCAACAAAGUUGUGAAAUUCAUUUUAUUUGCAACUUUAGGAGUAAAGUUUCCACUUCCAUUGGGUGAAGAAGGAUUUUAAAUAGUCUGUCUUAUUUUAUCAACAUCUCCCGAAAUUAAGCUCAGUUCAGCGUCUUUAAAUUAUUCCAGUUCAUUGCAAAUAUCAUCCUGGUCACUUAGCCUUUUAAACAUUUUGUAUCAUUGCAGCUCUGGUCGUUUCAUACCGUAUUUUGUAAAUCACAACAUGGCGGCAUCUACCACAGAACAUUUUGUUUCAAACUGUUUUUUCUAAAGUCUUUGACAUCCAACUAUUUACAAAAACUCUCCAUGUUCUGCUCUGAGUCGGCUGUAAGGUGUUUUUGUGACUUCAAUCGGCGGGUCAAUUGAGGAUCAGAACCAAAAUAUAUGGAAACAGGGUGUAACACAGUGCUUUUAGAUCACAUUAAACAAUUAAAUGGAAUUACAUUUGACAUUUAAACAUUUUUAUGACAGUUUAUGUCAAAAGGUCAUGAAAAUACAACAAUGAAACAUAAACUGAUGGUUUAACCUCCAGCUACCUGAAUUUAUUUCCGAGCAUAUACAUAUUUUUUGUCUGUUUUUGUGUCAAACUCAUCCUUAAUUAAGCUGAGAUUUAUCAUUAGAAUAUAGUGCCUAUAGAAUAAGUAUAAAUAUGGGUAAUUGCAUGCAAAUUUUCCAAAUUAGGCCUAAUUUGGCAGAACUCACCACUAGGUGGCAGCAAAGAUGAUUCCAAUCUGACAUUUAAAAUGUUUUGAGUUUUAAUCAACAGACACCUUUGAUAUACAUAUGCCAGCUGUGUGGUGGUUUGGGGUUUAUUCAAAAGAAUAUAGGAUAAGGUCAAAAGCUACAAAUUAGUUUUUUUACAGGGAGGAAGUGGGGGAAGGAUGGCAUAAACUGGUAAUACUUUGGGAGGAAAUGUUGAUACAAUUUGGUGAAUUGGGUGAUUUGAUUAGAUUAAUUUCAUCCUAAAGAGUUGAAAUAAAUCUGAUUACAUUCAAUCAAAUUCAGUCAGGUUACAUAUAUUAGUGGUUAGUUGCAAUUUAAAAUACAAAGAAAGUUGUUUUACUGUCCAGCGUAGUUAAGCACUUGCCUUGAACACAUAGGCAACAGAGAUCCUAAACCCAGAUUUAGAUGCAAUAAACUCAUAAUCCAAACAGCAAAUAGCCAAUUUAUUGAGUUGCAUAACUAACAGUUUUCUGGGUAGAGUUGUAGUAAGUUUUUUUAAACUCCAUAACCUCUCCAUCUAUUGAGUCAGAGAAUAAAAAAUUGUAAAGUAAUGCACGAAACACCUUUUUUAUGUGAAAACACACCAUAGCAUUUCUUGUUUCUCAGUGGAGUUUCAGGUUUUUUCAACUUCAGGUUUCACUAAGAAACUCCAGCUUUGUUGAUUUUACCUCACAGAAUGAUCCACUGGUAAGAUGUUGACAGCUGAUGCAACUCUACAGACCCCACUUCAAAAUAAAACUAGAAUUAUUAUCCCUUUAAGAUUCUGGUUGAGGUAAAACAUCAAGAAAAAACAAAAUAAUAUCCAAACAUAAGCAACAGACGUUUAAUUAUCUGAGUCAGAACAACGAUUACAUUAAAAAUGAAACAAAUGUUGACCUAAAUAUUAUCAUCUUGAUUCCUACAAAGUUUUUAAUAUUAGGCAGGAAAAUGUAUUUUUCAAAAAGUACAUUGGUGAGCUCAACACUUACAGUUAUAUCAUUACCUCAUAACAGAAUCUGGGAAACUUGCAUAGCAGUUAUUGUCAAAUGUCAAAUGUUAAUGAUGCUGUUGCUGUUAUAAUAAAACUGUUAAAAAAAAACUUUUUCUCUAACCUGGAAACAUUCAGAUGGAUUUCAAACUUUGCCUUGAUUCAGGAAAGCAACUAUUAAAAAACACAAUUGAUGUAAGCCAAGACAAAAGUCUCACCUUCCUGGCAUAAACUCUUUUUUUUUAAACAUUUUAAUUUAAAUUUUUUAUAUUGUUUUGACUUGAAAACUAAAAAAACAAACAAAAAAAAGAUUUGCUUGUUUCUGUCUCCAGGAAAACAAAACCCCAGCUCUCACUGCUCUCAGAUUUUGAGAAAUUCACCUUAAUCCAGCCCUAAUCCAAGACUAAAAGUGAGAGAGGAGAGGGGAGUGUUUUCAGAGCGCACCCAACAGGCAGACGUCUCAUGUUGAUUUCACUGACUGUCAUAUUUCUAUAUUUUGGCCAUGUUUAUUGAGCCAAAUUACAUUUAAAAAAUGCUUUAAAUCAGAGGGGUGACACUAUGGGACUGAAUGACAACAGGCAGUAAGGAUUAAGCAAAAGGAGGAGAGACGGAAAGAGUUUAUACAUGAAAGCACGGCAAUAAGUCAGAGCAACAGAACGAGAAUAUAAUGUUAAUAAAAACUACAACUGCGUUACGUAGCAAUUUCACAGAACGUCUAGAUUUGCACUGUCUGCCCAAUGAUCUGUGUUUGUUUUGUUGAUGAUAAAAACAAUAGAGAGGAUGAUAGAGAGGUUGGAAAAGAUGUAUAUUUUGGGGACCAACACAUCAGUGGGAGGGAGGGGGGUUUGAAUGUAGAGAAGCUUACUACUGUACGUAAUAACAUAACAACUGGGGGAUGUAGACUGGAGAAAAAAAACAUCUAUGUGCUAAAAAAACAAAAUGAAAUUUCACUUUGAGAAAACA